AACCACCCUUUAGGCAUCUCUCAUUCCGAAGCUCUCUUUCCUCAGCGGAAACGAAAAAUCAGCAAAACAAAGAACAAAAACAAGAAUCCCAACAAAACAGUUGCAGAUAAUUCAGCUAUACGGCGGCGAAAAAGCUGAAAUGGCCGUACUCGAUCGGCUUCUUCUCCGACCAUACAUCAUAAUUUCUCUCCUAAUAUUGCGUUUCUCUUAUUUGACACAUUCCAUAACCGAAUCCGAAGCUCUUCUUAAGCUCAAAGACUCGUUCGCGAAAAACGACGCUCUUGAUUCCUGGGUUCCUUCUGCUUCUUCUUCUCCUUGCAUUAGAAGCGCUCAGUGGAGGGGAAUUGUGUGCUACAAUGGCAUUGUCACGGGGAUCAGCCUUCAAGGAUUGGGUUUAUCUGGGAAAAUUGAUGUUGCUGCGCUUCGUGGAAUAAGGGGUCUUCGUAUAAUCAGCUUUGCCAACAAUUCAUUUUCUGGCUCAAUCCCGGAUUUGAGUAGUUUGGGUGCUUUGAGAGCCAUUUACUUAUCCGAUAAUGAGUUUACGGGCGAUAUACCGUCGGAUUACUUUGCGAAAAUGGCCUUCUUGAAGAAAUUGUGGCUUUCCAAUAACAAGUUUGUUGGUAACAUUCCUUUCUCCUUGGCUCAACUUUCUCGCCUCGUCGAAUUGCAUCUCGAAAAUAACCGGUUCCGCGGAAGCAUUCCGUCUCUUUACAUGCCGAAUUUGGCAUCUCUCAACUUGUCCAAUAACAAAUUGGAAGGGGAAAUUCCGGCGGAACUGUUGAAAUUUGACGAGACCUCGUUCGCAGGGAAUGAGGGCUUUUGCGGUGAGAAGGUCGGCAGAACAUGCCAAAUAAGCUCGGUUGAUUUUAAGAAGAUCGUCGCGGCGGGGAUAACUUCCUCGGUGGUGAUAAUCUCCGUUGUUGUGUUGUUGAUCUUGAGAUCGAAGCGAAAAGGAGAGGAGACUUUCGAGAAAGAAGCCCCCGUCGAGGUCCACGUGAGUUCGCUUAACAAGAAGGAAAUGGAUUUGGUUCGAAACGAUUCGGUGAACAGCUUGGUAAGUAAUAAGGGAGGCGGGAAUGCGGUGGAUAUAGUGAUGGUGAAUGAUGAGAAGGGCGUGUUUGGGAUGCCGGAUUUGAUGAAGGCGUCGGCGGAGGUGCUCGGAAAUGGAGGGAUGGGGUCGUCGUACAAGGCGGUGAUGGCGAAUGGGAUAGCUGUGGUGGUGAAGAGGAUAAAGGAUAUGAGUGUGAAAGGAAAAGAUGAGUUUGAUGCAGAGAUUAGGCGGCUUGGAAAGCUUAGACAUUGGAAUGUUUUGUCCCCUUUGGCUUACCAUUACAGGAAAGAAGAGAAAUUGGUGGUAUACGAGUAUGUUCCAAAUGGCAGUUUGCUUUAUCUACUUCACGGUGAGCGAGGAUCUUCUCAUGUGGAGCUGAAUUGGUCGGCCCGUUUGAAGAUUGUUCAAGGAAUCGCCAAAGGGUUGGAAUAUCUACACUCAGAACUUGCUUCCUUUGAUUUACCUCACGGCAAUCUCAAAUCAAGCAAUGUUCUUCUUGGCCCUGAAUAUGAGCCUUUGAUAUCCGAUUUCGGAUUUAGCCCACUUAUCAACCCUGCAAGCGUAUCACAAGCAAUGUUCGCCUACAAGGCUCCAGAAUUCACACAACAUGGCCAAGUCUCCCCCAAAUCAGACGUCUACUGCCUCGGAAUCGUCAUUCUCGAGAUUCUCACUGGGAAAUUUCCGUCCCAAUAUCUCUACACCGGCAAGGGCGGGACUGAUGUAGCCCAGUGGGUGACUUCAGCAAUCUCCGAGGGGAGAGAUUUGGCUGAGUUGUUGGACCCGGAAAUAGCAAACGUCACUUCAUCAAGGGAUUCUCUUGGAGAGAUGAAGAGGCUCCUCCACAUUGGAGCUGCUUGCACCGAGAGUGAUCCCGAGCGUAGGCUCAGCACGAUGGAGGCCAUUCGGAGAAUAGAGGAGAUUCCGGCCGAGGGAGGAGAAGAGCGUGUUACUGCUGGUAGAACAAUUAUGCAAGUUCAGCCGUCACUCAGAGAUGGUUAUGCAGACUCCAUGCCACAAUUAGUUGACAAUGAAGCGCGUUUAAGAGGAGAAAAUGGUGAGAUUUCGGAGAGGAGGAGACUUCGGAAUGGUGAGAGUUUUGCUUUUGCUAUUUCCUAAAUUGUGUUCA